AUGGCUCAGGCAAUGCAGAACCAACCGAAUGCUGACGAGAAUGCUGGAUCUCGUAGUUUGGCGACUUUCCAAAGGGAGAAUCCUCCAGUGUUCAAGGGUACACAUGAUCCCGAUGGUGCUCUUGAUUGGUUGAAGGAGAUCGAGCGAAUUUUCCGUGUUAUGGAUUGCACUCCUACACAGAAGGUUAGAUAUGGCACUCAUAUGCUGGCUAAGGAAGCGGAUGAUUGGUGGCUUGAGACCCGAAGGAGGUUAGAGGCUCAUGAAAUCAAGAAAGCGGUUAGUUACCAGAAGAUCCGUAUUUUUGUUGAUUUGGUGGAUAGUUGUCGGAUUUAUGAGGAGGACAACAAUGCUCAUUAUCGUGUUAUUAAUGAGAAGAGGGGCAAGAAUCAACAAAGCCGUGAGAAACCAUAUGAUGCUGGUAAAGGGAAGCAAAGAAGGUGUUACCGUUGUGGUAAGACGGGACAUAUGUCAUCUGCUUGUAAGCAUAAGGAUGUUGUUUGCUUUAACUGUGGUGUGGAGGGACAUAUUGAUAGCCAGUGUCAGAAGCCAAAGAAGACAGCUGUAGGUGGUAAAGUGUUUGCUUUGUCAGGAACUCAGACAUCUAGUGAGGAUGGCCUUGUUAGAGAUUGGGUCUUACUUUGUCUGCUAUGA